AUGCACAAGUUUGUGACGUAUGCAUGCGCAGGGCUUGUGGGCAUUGUGACGGUAACGCAGUAUGUGUACUUUGCGGUCCUGGCUGGCCUCGCCCUGCCGCUCAAGUACCUGCCAGGCCUCCGGUCGGCGUACUUGGAGAUUGCCACGUACUGCUUCAACCUCACCUCGAUAUGGGUCGUUGCCGUGACGACGUGGUGGGCGGGGACGCGGGUGUAUCGGUAUGGCGUGGCCAUUCCGCCGCAUCACACGCUGACCGAAGGACGGAAGCGUGGUGGCGCCGUGACCUUUAAUCACCUUUCCUUUGCCGACGCCAUGAUGCUCGGCUGCUUCAUGGCCACGCUCCAGGGCGUGUCGUCCAAGUGCUUCCGCUGGAUCUCCAUCCGCUACCUGCUCAACCUCCCGCACGGAUGGAUGCACUGGAUGCGCGACGACAUCUUUGUCUCGUCGGGCAAGUCGAGCCCUGCAGCGGCGGCCCGGAACGAGGCCGAGCUCGUCCGCGGCGUCUCGGACAUUGCCGACCCUAACCAUAUGGCGCAGUGGCUCUUCUUCUCGCCUGAAGGCUCGGUUCAGACCAAGAAGCUCUUUGCCAAGUCGAUCAAGUGGGCGGGCGCGCAGGGCCUUGUUCCGCUCAAGCACCACCUCCUGCCGCGGACCAAGGCCUUUGCCGUCGCCCUCCGCACACUCGGCGAUGCCGUCACCGACAUCUUCGACGUCACCCUCGGCUAUCCGCGCAACGCCAAGGACGGUGACUACGGACCGUGGCGCCCGAUCGACCUCGCCCUGCCGCGCGACGGCGGCCUGCCCAUUCACAUCCACUGCCGCAAGGUCCCGGUUCCGCCCGCCGCCAUCAUCAACGAUGACGACGCCUUUGCCGCGUGGCUCUACGAGUUCUUUGUCGAGAAGGACCGGCUGCUGGACAUCUUUUACGCCACCGGCGCCUUCCCGGACCCGGUCGCGUCGGCGCAGCCUGCGGCGUACACCUGGUCGGUUUACUCGUGGCUUGCCCAGUGGGCGGUCCUUUACGCUCUACCCGCCGCGUACGUCAGCUACGCCUCUGCUGCCGCUCUGAUCUCGUGGCUGUGGUGA